AUGUCCUUGUCAUUAGGUCUUGGUGUUGGCGGUGCGGCCCCAGCUUUGAACGCCUACUGGGGUCAAACUGGUGGUCGUUUCCUCCGUGAUAUUUGCGACUCUGGUGUCAACUAUGCCACUGUUUCCUUCAUCAACAACUCCCCCGAGCACGGCGAUGGUUAUCCCGGAAGUAACUUCGGUGCCAACUGCGCCGGAGAGGUCUACAUCAAGGACGGCAAGAACACCAAGUUGCUCAGUGCUUGCACCUUCAUCCAGAGAGACAUCCCUUACUGCCAGUCCAAGGGCGUCAAGGUCUUGCUGGCCAUUGGCGGCGCCCCUUUGCCAGGGAUAAGUGAUUACGAUGUAUCUUCCGAGGAGAAGGGCGUCGAGUUCGCCGAGUUCUUGUAUAAUGCCUUCGGCCCUUAUAAGAGCAGUUGGACGGGUCCCCGACCCUUCGAUAAGAGCCCUACCGAGCACGUUUCCAUCGAUGGUUUCGAUCUGGACUUGGAGGACAGGUCUACCAAAUUCAGCAACAAGCCCUACAUUGCCAUGGUCAACUGGUGGCGCCAGCAGAGCCACAAAAUGUUCAUCACUGCCGCCCCUGAGUGUGUCAUUACCAGAAACGGCAACUUUAACCAGAACGACGAGUUGAUUGCCAAUGCCGAGUUUGACGCCCUCUUUAUCCAGUUCUACAACAACCCCGUGUGUGAUGCUAUCCCCAACAACACUCCUGGUGACGAAUUCUCGUAUGAUGACUGGGCUGCAAACGUUGCCAAGGGCAAGAGCAAGGACGCCAAGCUGUUUAUCGGUCUGCCUGCCUCGACUGAUUCUGCUGGUUCCGGCUACAUUGUUCCCAAGGACAUGAAGGAUCUUGUAUGCAAAUACAGCACCCACAAGAACUUUGGUGGUGUCUCUCUUUGGGAUGCUACGCGGGCUAUGAACAACGAGGACGCCGAGGGUAAGACUUUCUUGCAGAGUGCGGUCGAGGCCGUCCAGUAUGUGUGCCAGGAACCUCCCAAGACGUCCUCUUCCACGUCCACUUCGACCAAGAUCAUUUCUACAACCAGCAGCACGACGGUGAAGACGACUCCCGCUUCUUCGACCACGUCUUCUCAGCCUACCGCUACCAGCGCUUCUUCUCAAAAGCCCACAGUCAGCAGCUUUUCUGAGAGGCUCACGACUGCCAGCACCAAUUCCGGUAAUGUCACGACAACCUCUAUCCCGUCUGGCAAGCCUACCACAAGCUCCGCAACCUCUGAGAAGCUAGAUACUACCAGUGUCAUCGCGGCUGCUUCCGCUACCAAGUCUGCAACCACAUCUAGUGCUCGUAUGACUAGCUCCAUUCACUGGUCCAACUCGACCGCUACCGGGACUGUCCAGACUACGAGCAAGCCCGUCUCCAUGACCACGAGCACCGUCUACACCACCUCCGUCCACACCGUGACUGAAUGCCCUCCUACCGUCACUGACUGUCCUGUCGGCCACGUCACGACUGAGACUAUCGCUCUUUACACCACAGUGUGCCCUGUCUCGGAGAAUGCUCAGCCUCCCAAGCCUACGACCACUAAAGCUGCUGUCAUGACCACCAGCACCGUGUACACCACCAAGACUUAUACCAUCACUGAAUGCCCUCCUGCCGUGACAGACUGUCCUGUCGGCCGUGUCACCACCGAGGUCAUUCCUGUGUACACCACCGUCUGCCCUGUCACGGAGACUCGUCAUCCUCCUAAGCCUACGACUACCAAGGUUCCUGUCAUGACCACUAGCACUGUGUAUACCACCAAGACUUACACUAUCACUAAAUGCCUUCCUACUGUGACGGACUGCCCUGUCGGCCACAUCACCACCGAGGUUGUCCCCGCGUACACCACUGUCUGCCCUGUUAAGGGGACAGAGCCUGGCAGUGUCCCCAAGCCCACGGGACCUGCUUCCUUGUCCGCCGCCACCGAGACGACGGUUGUCACCAAGACCAUCAAGGUCCAGCAGGUCAGCUCUCUCUCGACCUCUAUUCGCUCUACGGCCGUUGUUCCCCAGCCUUCUAGCAAGGGUUGCUCUGGUCUCAGCUGCCCUGGCGCCACCAACGCUCCCGGAUCUGGCUGCACCGGCCCCGAGUGCCCUGGUGUUGCUAUUCCCACCAACAGCUGGACUAAUAAACACGGCUCUGGAUGCACCGGCCCUGAGUGUUCGGGUGUUGCCAUUCCUACAAACGCCUGGACUAGCUCCCCCGUCGGUCCUUCUGCCGUCGCCAGCUCUCCCGUGACCGCCGGUGCUUCUACUCUGGCUCUUGGCCUGACCGGUCUCGUUGCCAUUGUUGCCGCUCAGGUUCUGGCCAUUUAA